AAUCGAGUUUGUCUUCAUUUAUUAGGUUUCAGUCAUAAAGUUUGUUCCUUUCUCCUUCUUGUUCUAAUACUUUUCUCUCGAUCUCAUUCUAUCUCGACAAACAAAGGCGAUUUAUUAGGUUCUCUUGGUCGUUGGUGAAAUCGAGUUUGUCUUCAACCUCCGACAUUGCUAGCACAUAAGGUAUGUUCUCGAUACUUCAUUUGUGAAGCGGUUUGUUUUCUUCAUUCGGGUUUGAAGUUAGCAUUUCUCUCUUUCUUUAUCCGGUUCUUUAUUGCAUUUCUCUGUGUUUGAGUUCUUCAUUUGGGUUACUAUUUUUAUGUUCGUUUCUUAGGGUUUUAAGUGUUGUUAACUGAUUAUAUGAACAGAUUUCGAUUAUGAAUUGGCUUACUUUGAUUAACUGCUUUCUAUUGUGAAUUGAUUUCGUUUAUCAUGAGCUGGUUUAUUGAUUUACUUUCUGUACAGAAUGAUAGUUUUUAUCUUUCUGAUUUUAGAAUUUGUUUGACGUUUCUCUUGUGUUUGUCUCUGCUUCACUGUGAAGUUAGAAUCAAUUUCAGUCUUUAACUAGAAUCAAUUUUUUGUCUUUUCUAGAUAUGGAGUUAGAGCUACCUAAGCGAGUGUAUGCAGAGGGUUUAGAACCUCAGGUGAAGAAGAUCAACAACUGCUGCCGCAUGGAACUUAUCAGAGAUCUGAAAAAAGCUAUGUAUGCGGAGUACGAUGAUGUCAAGAUAGAUCCUGUUUUCAAACAUAUCAUGGCGAUUGCGGAAAAUAACCUCAAGUUUUCGGGGAAAUUGGUGGAUAGCUUCUUGUGUAAGCAGCUGAUUACCUCGAAGAUGCAUGAGAAGUGGUUUGUAUUUGCGAGGAAUCCUCUCCGGUUUUCGCUUCAGGAGUACCACGCUGUGACAGGCCUCAAGAUCUCGCGGGAAAGUAGCUGUGACGUAGUUAAAUGGAAAAGUGAUGGCGGAUUUUGGAGUGAACUACUAAGGACAGGUGGUAAGAUCACCUUGCAGUCGAUCAAAAAGGUGCAUCUACAAGAAGUUCACAACUGGUCUCGGCGUGAUAGGAUGAGGUUGAUCUACUUAUGUGUGAUAAUGGGCGUGGUGAUGGGGAGAGAUGAGAAGGUGAACAUCCCUCGUAUGUACAUCAAGCUGGUGAUGGAUCUUGAGAAGCUUCGGAACUUCCAUUGGGGUCUUCACUCCUAUGACUUCUUACUGAGUUCCAUUGAGAAGGUUAGAAAGAAGUUGGGUAAGAAGAACAGCUACAUUUUUGAGGGGUUCUCCUAUGCGUUCCAGAUUUGGAUUAUGGAAGCAAUUCCGGAUUUUGGAGAAAUAUGUGGCAGCAAAGUCUCGGACAGUUUCAUCGGUCCAAGGUGUGGAAAUUGGAAAGGAGUUGCAAAAGUUUCUUAUGAAGACAUCAUUCAACUUGAGGAAUCGUUUACUGAGAAGGGAGACUUGUUCUCGGUAAUUUCAGUGAGUGGCAAUGGUGAUGUGUUGAGGCAUGCUGAUUAUACAAGGAAGGAUGAGAUGGAAGAUGAACGUGUGGACCUUCUUCUCGAUAGGAUUAAAAUCAAUUUUGAUUGGAGCAACACACAAUGGCCAGUUAUAGAGGAUGAAGAGACUGAGAUGGAAGAAGCUGAUACAGAGUCAGAAGCUGAUAAGAGUGUGGAUGCUACUGAUAUUGCAGCAGAUGUGGAGACAUCUUCGGUUAAUGUUGCUAGAAGAGGCAAGAGAAAGAUUCAGGAUGAAGGAGCCGAGACAAGAAAGAAGAAGUUGCUGUGUAAGCGAACAGCAGAAAAAAAACAGAGUAUUGAUCAAGAAACUAAGAGUUUCAUUGAGGGUUUGGUCCACUCAUCUGUCAGUUCCUUGGGAGAUAUACUCAGAGCGCAAAUGGCGAGUAUAGAGAGCAUGUUCAAAGAGAGGAUCGGCAACAUGGAGAUCGAGGUUUCACAGCUCAGGGAAGCAAUCAGUUUGAGUGCCGAAGGAAGCGUUCCUAAGAGCAAAACCGAUGAAGCUGCGCCUAAGACCAAAAUCGCUCAAGCUCCUGCAAAGAAAAAGGUCAAUCAAGCUCAAGCUCAAGCUCCAGCAAAGAAAAAGGUACUUCCUAAAAGAAAGUGUAGAUAUGCAUCUAAUUCCCAAAGACCACAUGUUGUAUAGAUAUGCAUCUAAUCUUGAACAAAAGUUUCUGAAAAUCAAAAGAGAAACUAUGAAAAAAUCAUAGAUUCAUGAAGAAGAAAGGCAAAAUCGU